GUUUUCUUGUUGUGAUGAUGUUGGUGAUGCUGCUGCCUCUGGUUUUAGACCAUCCAGAUGGUGAUGAUGAUGUUGCAGGACAUCUCCAGUGUCUUUUCCACUUUCCUCUAAAUGUUACUUUUUCUUCUUCUUAUCAAUUCCCAAAUUUCUCCUGAUUUAAUCUUAUUGUUGCUGUUUUAAUUUUUAUCCUGUGUGCACACUCUGCUCCCUCUGCGUGUCACGUUUGCAGUGGUGCAACAGAAGAGGGAAAGGCCACUGUCACAUUCGUUUAGUGUCAGAAGACACACGCGGAGCUCACGAGGAGCGAUGAAGAUCUGAUCUAACCUCUUCAGGAGGAUUUUUUCGUCUAAACUGAGAAAUCAUGAGCUCCCCAACAACAGCAAGUCCAAACAUGGAGGUGAAGAUGGUCUCCCAGGAGAUGGCAUUGCUUAGCAACAUAUUAGCAGCUUACACCUUCAUUGCAGACCAGCCUGAGAGGACAGCUCUGGUGUUUCUCGGCGGCGUCUGCAUGGGUCUUCUUGUCACACUGUGCGCCAUCGUCUUCCAGAUUCACUGUAGAGCAGACUGCCACUAUGGCAACAGUAACGACCUUCAGCAUCGCCACAAGGUCAGACAUCCCCGUCGUCAGCACAUCUGUGCCCAUCAGCCCAGCGACAGCCACCAGGAUCACGCCACUGCUGUGGUUGUGGCCUCCGGAAGAACCACUGGGGACAGCGAGACAGAGGACUGGGACGACACGACCGACCUGUCGGCACGAAGGCGCAGACGUUUCGAGAGAGCUCUGCUUCACGCCAACAUGUUCACAUCAUCUGAAGAACUGGACCGGGCCCAGAGGCUGGAAGAGCGUGAGCGUAUUCUCAGAGAGAUCUGGAUUAAUGGACAACCAGACAUCAGCACCGUCACUCAGAGCCUCAACAGAUAUUACUGAUGCAAAAGUAAAAAUAGAGACUGGAUGAAAAGAGGCAGACAUAAAGGUACAGGAAACUCCUUUGAAAAUUGCACCAACAGUUUUUGCACUGCUCCAAAAAGAUUUAAUCAGUCAGUAUGUCUGAAGGAGCCUCGGCGUCGUGUGAACAGGAGCGACACGUGAACUGUCCUGCUCUGGAACCACAUGGGACCGACGUGUUUGGAGGAAGAGAAGCAAAUUAAAAUGAAGACACAAACAAACCAACUCAUUCUAAUGUUUGAAUCUGCUGGGAGUUUCUGUUUUUACCAGAGACUUUCAGAAACAAAAACGUGAAGGAAACAUUUCAUAAGUGAACAGUCUUGCACUUUUCCUUGAUGAUCGUUGCUGUUUGUAAUCCUGCUAUAAUCCUGACAUGACUGCUGGAUUAUUUUUGUUAAUUUAAUAGCAGAGGAAUAGAAAAUAUGAUGCAAACCUAUCUCACCAAAGAGGAUCAUAUCAGCUCCAUGCAAGCAUGGAGGUCAACAUUCUGGUGCUUUCUGCUAACAACUGUGUGAUUUGUAGAUUACGACAAUCCUCAUGUUUGAGAUGAUUGUGCUUUAUUUAAAGAGUUAAACAUUAAACACGGAUGCCAGUGUUUCUGUAAUAUGGAUGUUUUGAGGGUUUGUCCUAGACAGACAGCAAGGUGCAGUCACGGUCAUAAUAAAAGUUUUAAGAAACCCAAAGAAGGUGAACAGAGAAGCUGUGACAGAGAAGAUGUGACAGAGGAGCAGGAUUGAACAAAAUCAUAAAGCAUUUCAAACUUUCCAUGAAGGACACUUCUAAAACACUCCUCUUGUGGGUUUCAUGCAUUUUUAAUUACAUCAAUAAAACCAUUUAGGUUGACAAACUGUGUUUGCCUUAAGAGCAAUUUGAGUGUGUAAGUGACUUCCCCUAGUGUCCAAAAUUAUUUCUACACAUUUUUCUCAGGAAAAAGUGCUUGUAUUUAGCACAAAAAGGGAAAAAAUAUAUAAUUAAUGAACAGAAAAAAGAAAAGUUAGAGAAGGCUCUAAGACGAUGACACAUUUAUGCAUUAAAAAAUUAUCAUUAUUUUAUGCUAUGAUUAUGCAAUUUGAGUGUAGUUGACCUACUAAUCUGAUCAAAUGGGGCAUAAUCCUUUGUUGACUAUUGUCACAAAUUCACCACCUUGAAGCGCCCACACAUUUACAAGAUUUGUACCGUCAUCAAAAAUCUGCCACAGUCCCAUGUAUGUCUAUUGCCCUCUAGUGGCAGUUCAUUUGGUGACAAGGGCCUAUGAUGUUUCUUUACUGCUAAUUUAAUUUCAUCAUACAGUAAAACUGAUCAUAUUGUUGUUAUAGUUGCAGUAGCCAACAAAAUGGUUUUAAAAACAAGAUUACUGUCGUUAAAACUGGGUCAAUGUUAAUAACCAGUCAGCAAUUUGUGCAUCUCUUAUCCGCUUUGAAAAGGAACAGGAUGGUCAAGGUAGUAAUGCUUUGAUCAUUUUACAGGGAUAGCACACAUCGGUGUGUUAACACGCUGUUAACAGCAAAUGUGUGUGUGUGUGUGUGUGUGUGUGUGUGUGUGUGUGUGUGUGUGUGUGUGUGUGUGUGUGUGUGUGUGUGUGUGUGUGUGUGUAAAUGUAUAUUACAUCUGUAUUUGUAAUUAUAUAUGUAUAAUAAUGUAUAUUUAUAUUGGUAAAUAUUGGUAAAUGGCAAUAACUGUAAUAUUAAUGUAGGAUAGCGAAAACUUUUGU